AUGACGGAGUCGAUGCAACGUAUUGCUUCAGCAUUUGAAUCUGCAAGAGAUAUUACUUUGGAAGCAGCAGCUGUCGCAUCCUCGAGAUUAGGUGAAUCGUCAUACUCACAAUACUCCAGAUUAAUUAAUGCAGAUUCACUAUCAACGCUUCUAAAUUCUAGAUAUUCAAGAGAGGUUAGAGAUGGGAUGAAGAAAGUGAUGGCAUUGAUGGCCAGUGGGGAUUCUACAGUUCCACUUGAAUCAUGUUUUGCUGAUGUCGUUAAGAAUGUCGGUUCUGAUGAUAUUAAAGUUAAACGAAUGGUAUCAAUCUAUCUAUUGCGAUAUGCAGAAGCGGAUCCAAACAUGGCUUUAUUGUCCGUUAAUUCGAUUCAAAGAACACUUUCUGAUCCAAAUCCUGAGGUAAGGGCAUUAUCCCUUAAAACAUUAUCGGAUAUUAGCAUUCCUUCUCUGUGUCCUAUUGUACUACAUUCGUUAAAAAAAGCGGCCACUGAUUCAAGUGAGAUUGUGAGGGCACAGGUUGCCACCACUAUGCUAAAAGUGUACAGGGAAAAUGAAGAGUUGGGUAAGAAAGAAGUUAUCCCAGUUCUGACUGAUUUGUUAGCAGAUGCGCAUCCAACUGUAAUCUCAACUGCUGUCAUCUUGCUCAAAAAUGCAGUUCCAGAAGAAUUACAUUUAUUGCAUGGGAACUAUCGAAGAAUUUGUGGGAUGAUGCAUGAACUAAACGAAUGGUCCCAAAUUAUAGUAAUCGAGCUAUUAAUAAAAUACAUUAAGACCUUCUUACCAAUUCCAAUAAUAAAGGAUGAAUCCUCUGGUUCCGAUCCCGUAGCUCUUCCUGAAGCUUUCAAUGAACUUCCAUUCCCUAUAUACGAUGUGGAGUACGAUCCGGAUAUUACGCUUUUUUUGAGGGCUUUGGAGCGUCUUUUGCAUUCACCAAACCCAACUGUUAUAGUUGCAAUAUCGAAAGCAUACUAUGAGCUUACAUGCCCAAAGACUUUCAAAGAGUUUGGAAUAGUUAACUCUUUGACUCGAAUAAUUUCAUCCGCAUAUACAUGCAAUGAGAUAAAAGAAAAAGUAUUAGAAACUAUAUUAAUCUACACUUGCAAUGAUCCAACACUUUUUCUCCCAUUCUAUAAAAAGUUUUUUAUGUUGCCAUCCGAUUCUACAAAGAUUGCAUUGGUUAAGCUUAAGAUAUUAUCGAACUUAACAAAUGAUUCCAAUUGCAAGAAUAUUUUGAACGAACUGAAAUUUCAAGCUGAGACGCAUGAAGAUCCGUCUGUGGUUGUUGAGGUAACGAAUACUCUUGCAGUAUGUGCUCAAGUAUCCACUAGAUGGUCAUCCAAGAUUGUGUCGUGGUUAAUUGACCAAAUUAGCUCUAAUACAUAUUCUGAAAGACAAGUCACCGCGUCACAGAUUAAUAUUUUGCGCUUUUUGAUACAAAGGGAUCCAGUUAAAAACAUUCGUACAGUUGUUAAGCUCUCAAAGAUGCUACAUACAUUUGACUUGAUACCAAGUGCGAAAGCAGGAAUAAUUUGGUUAAUCGGAGAAUACGUACAAGUGGAGCCACGUCUAUGUCCAGAUGUUUUACGGUUAUUGAUUCCUAACUUUUCGAAAGAGAAUAGCCAAGUAAGGUUACAGAUUUUGAUACUUGCUGCGAAGCUAUUGUCUUAUGAGAUCGAAAUGAACAAGGAAGUUCCAGAUUAUGAUAUAAGAUCGUCUCGUAUCGCUCAAAUGUUUGAUGCCAUUUUAUAUCUGGCGAAAUUUGAUGAUGAGUAUGACAUCAGGGACCGUGCUCGAACUUUGGCAUCAAUAUUUGAACAUGAAAGAUACGAAAUAGCAACUUUAUUGCUCCAGGUGCCGAAACCAUACCCAGUGGUAACCUUUUCCCUAUGUGGCCAAUCAACCUUUGACAUAUCUCAUUUAGAUAUUUCACCUGAAGUUAAGCAAUAUCAUGAAUAUACUUCAUGGUGUACUGACAUCCCAGAAACUGAUAGAACACCAAUUGCAGCUAAGGAUUAUGAUAAACUAAAGACCAGCUUCUCCUCCAACAGCUUCUUUGGAAAACCAACAGAGGAAAUGAUACCUAAAAAUAAUUCUGGUAACGCGUCGUCAAACGUUCCAAGUCAUAAUACGUUCACUUCUUCUCAAGGCAAAAAGUACCAGCUGCAAAGUUUGGACGAUUUCUUUUCUGACAUUUCAACCAAGCAUCCUCAGGUAAAGAGGAAAGUUAUAAUUGAGGAGGAAACGAGUGAAGAAUCUGAAACGAGUGAUGCAAGUGAGGAUGAUGAAGAUGAUGAAGAUGAUGAAGAUGAUGAAUCAUCAGAGAACUCUUCCGAAGAUAAAGAUUAA